AUGGCGUCUGAAAGCGCUGUAGUCAAGGCUGCCGGCAUCAUUGUCUAUACCCUGGAUGCUCUACUAAACCAACCGAAGUACCUACUACUGAAGGCAUCUAAUAGACCGUUCCAUUGGACACCCCCUAAAGGUCGCCUGGACCCUGGGGAAUCAUUCAUCGAUGCGGCAUACAGAGAGACAUGGGAAGAAUCUGGUUUGAAGAAAGAACUUAUAGAGAUGGACAGCUCGUUCGAAGAGGUCCUGAGAUAUACAGCUAACGGGAAAGACAAAGAGUGCGUCUACUAUCUCGGCAAACUCACUAACCCAGGGUCGGAAAUCACACUAUCGCACGAACACACCGACUAUGCCUGGGUACCCGCUAACAAUAUAGGCGAGUACUGCGACAAAGAGUCGCUUUGCGUCAUGAUAACACGGGCUGACGACCAUAUAAGAAGUAAACUACAUUAG